UUUCUCCGAAACUUGUGAUUCCUUUGUUCAGUUCUUGAGCAUUGAUUGCCUAGGAGGUGAUCUCCAUAAGCACCUGUCUUGUUCACUAGUGGGGUUGCCCUCACGGACUAAGGCAUCAAGCAAGUGUUUGAUCAAUCAAUAGAUCUCACACUUAAGUUCAUCAACCAUCUCGACAUCUACCCACAGAUCCAUCAUCUCUUCAUAAUCAGAUCAGUGUUAGUAACCUGAUCCUUCAUCAAAUUGGUUCUGUUUGUGCUAGUAGCAUUCAGUAUCUUCACAACCCUAAUAAUCCGAUCCUCAAGAUUAUUCAAGGGACUGCAUCCUCAUCCGGAUUGCAUUAAGUGGUAUCAGAGCAGAUCUGAAGGCUCUUGAUCUGGGGCCAACCAGAUUAAAAAGAAAAAGAAAAAAGAAAAAAAAGUUGAAGAGAAAUCCAACUUGGCUGAAGAGAAAUCAAGCCCUGAUGUUUCAGAACGAUGCUAAGAUCAAAAGAAGGAGCAAGAUACCAUCUUUCUGUGGCAAAAAUGACCAUGAUGGCUAUUUGGAGUGGGAAUAGAAAAUGGAACUUGUCUUUGAUGGCCAAAGCUACUCAGAAAGAAAGAAGGUUAAAUUGGCUACAACAGAGUACUGUGGUGAUGCCAUUCAAUGGUGGGAUCAGCUUGCUACUACCAGAAUAAGAACAGGAGAAACACAAGUUGCAUCCUGGUUUGAGCUGAAACACUUCAUGAAGAAACACUUUGUUUCUGGUAAUUACAGCAAUAGAGAACCAAGACAGGCCAAAGAGGAGACAAGACCUUGCCAUGAUCAUAAUCACCCAAGAAAGUCUCAGUCACAUAAGCAAAGAAAGCCAGACCCACGUCCUCUCUCAAGAGUCAGUGAGCAACUGAUUUCUAAGAAGGAAUCAGCUAUCCAAAAGCUAAAAACAGAGCCAUCUAAGGUAAGUACAGAACCUGAGACAGAAAAUGAGUUUUCUCUUUUCUCUCCUCAGUCUGAACUUGUUCUCAACAAAACAUGUGAUAACCUAACUUGUUUUGAACCGGUGCAUCCGAGUAGCCUUGUUUCAGGGUCUCAGGUCUUAGAAGAAAACUCAGCAGAAGAAGCACAAACGAGUUCACCACCAGACGAAGUGUUGGAGAAGCCAAACAACAUUGAAGCAAAAACAGAUGCUAAGUCAUUCUCUCUGAACUCUCAAGAGCACUGUAAGUAUCUAGCGUCAGCGUCACCAAAUAUUUGCAUCAACUACUUUGUGAAAGAAACGCGGACAGAGAUGACGAGAAAAAAAUGUCGCCGUAACAGCAAAAGGAGUCGCCGCGGUCUCGUUUAAUUGACGCUAGAAUUUCAAGCGGUCAAAUAUCAUCGGAAAUCUGACGCCGCGUCUCGUUUAAUUAACACCGGAUUCAGUGGUUCUUUGCCAUCAUGCUUUUAAAGCAACAAAAUUACAUGGUUAAUUGGAGACGUCGACGCUAGACGCAGCGUCUAUCAAAAGAACAGGGUUAUUGUUGCUUUUAUCCAAUCUUGUUGAUAUAAGUAGGACUAAUUUAAAAAAAAAAAAAAAUCAAUGACCGAUUUGAAACCCCU